AUGUCACUGAAACCAUUUACCUAUCCCUUGCCUGAAACAAGGUUCCUUCACGCAGGCGGGCUUGUGUACAAAUUUAAAAUCCGGUACGGCAACUUCAGCAGUGCUCCUGAUCUCAACAACGCCGACAGUGCUGUCCAGGAGUUAGAGGAAGCGAUUCGAGUAAUCCUUGGAAAUCUUGAUGACUUACAUCCAUUUUCUACAGACCACUUCACGAUCUUUCCAUAUUUGAGUAAAUGGGAGAGGGUAUCGAAGAUGAGAUUCAAACAUGAGAAUGUCCAUCUUGUGCCUUAUCCCUACAUUUGCACUAUGUAUCUAGAACUCAACUCAUUCCACCAGAAUGUAUCUUGUGGUGACAGGACUUAA